CAUUCUGGAUUUAUCAUGGCAUGGCGGGGGCAUGUACUUCACAGAUUUGUCUUCCAAUCUUAUUUCCAUAUUAGUUGCUGGUCCUCAGUGGGAAACCGGAAGCAGGGCUUGCAGCAGCUCUCCAUUGGAGCCAACUGUGACAGGAUUGCAACAGUUGAGCACGAAUUCCUUCAUGCGCUGGGCUUCUGGCAUGAGCAGUCACGGUCUGAUCGAGAUGACUACGUGUCCAUCAUCUGGGACAGGAUUCAGACCGGUAGAGAGCAUAAUUUCAAUAAAUACGAUGAUAAAACAUCAGACUCUCUGAAUGUUCCCUAUGACUAUACAUCUGUGAUGCACUACAGCAAAACUGCUUUCAGGAAUGGAACUGAACCAACCAUCGUAACAAACAUACCGUACUUCAUGGAUGUAAUAGGACAGAGGAUGGAUUUCAGUGAUUAUGAUCUCCAGAAACUGAAUCAGCUGUACAAUUGCUCCUCCUCCUUAAGCUUCAUGGACACAUGCAGUUUUGAACUUGAAAAUAUUUGUGGCAUGAUUCAAAGUCCAGAUGAUAACAGUGAUUGGCAACAUUUGUCUCACGUUCCUGCUGGGCCAAAUACUGAUCACACUAACAUGGGAGAAUGCGAAGAUUCUGGCUAUUUCAUGCAUUUCAACACAAGUGCUGUAGCAGAAGGAAGCACAGCUAUUCUGGAGAGCAGAAUUCUAUAUCCCAAAAGAGGCUUCCAAUGCUUGCAAUUCUAUUUCUAUAAUAGUGGAAGUGAAAGUGACCAGCUCUAUGUCUGGGUCAGGGAGUAUUCUGAUGCCCAUCCAAAUGGUACUUUGAGACUAAUUGAAGAGAUAAAAGGUUCACCUGUGAAUUACUGGCAGCUCCAUCACGUCUCCUUGAAUGUCACGAGUAAAUUCCGGGUUGUGUUUCAAGGUGUGAGAGGAACUGGCUUAUCAAAUGGAGGUCUCUCUAUUGAUGACAUCAACUUGUCAGAAACACAAUGUCCUCACCAUGUCUGGCACAUCAGAAACUUCACGGAUCUCCUCAACACAAGUCCUGCAGGGACAGAAGGAAAAAUAUACAGUCCACCCUUUUACUCUAGCAAAGGAUACGCUUUUCAGGUUGGCUUGUAUGUAAAUGGUACUGAUGAUAACCCAUUUAAUUUAGCAAUAUAUUUGCACUUGAUUUCUGGAGGAAACGAUGAUCAGCUGCAGUGGCCCUGUCCAUGGCAGCAAGUUACCAUGAUUCUGCUUGACCAGCAUGCUGAUAUUCGUCAACGGAUGUCAAACCAAAGAAGUGUAACAACAGACCCUCUGGAAUUAUCAGGUUAG